AUGGCAGAAACACCCAAGACCAAGAUCUCUACAUCAUCACAUGUUCGUUCUAACAGUUUUCCCACUACAUCAAACUCUCUGCACUUGAGCUUCCACCAGGAUUUGUUGCCCAACUUAAUAACUAUCUUGAAACAUAAAGAAUUUUCGACUCCUUCGACAUCAUUUGUAUGUCGAAAAUUGCGUGACAUUAACGAUUUGUACGAAAGCAUCGACAACUCUAUUAAAUGCCAUUCGAUACAUCAAGCUCUCUUGAACGAGACACAUCGAAAUGGUGUCGAAGAGAUUCUAGAAGGAUCUAUCAACUUAUUGGAUGUUUGUUCAUUCAUUAAAGAUAAUGUUUUAUCCUCGAUGAAGGAAUCAAUUGUAGAGCUUCGAUCUUACCUUCGAAGGAAUAAAAUUGGUGGUAACGAGAAAUGUAUUGAUGCUUAUUUGUUGUCGAGGAGGAAAAUCCAAAAAAUGGCUAACAAAUAUGGUAAAAAUUUGCAAGCAAUAAAGAUGAAUUUGAAGAAUGGUGAAAAUAGUACAAUACAUUGUUUGGACAUGUUGAAAGAUGUUGAAGCAUUAUGUUUGUCAAGUUUGGGGUUGGUUUUAGGUUGUUUUUUUGGUAAAAAGAAUGAUCAAAAUGGUUGGUUCAUAGAAACAAUAGGAAAAUUAAUGACCCACAAAAAUUUGUAUUGGAACAAGUCAUCACAAGGAAAUCAUGUUAAUGAGCUAGAGAAGAUAGAUCCAUUAAUUUUCCAACUAGAAAACAAUAAGAAAUAUUUAGAUGUUAAAUUAGUUCAAGAUUUAGCAAAACAAUUAGAACAAUUGCAAUUGGCCAUAGGCAUCACAGUGAAGUAUGGCAAACCAAAGCAAUCAAUUCACACUCCCCUUACCUUUCAACCUCUUCAAAGAGGAUACCUCUGGUGCGCGUCCUUUUCGAUUCCUGAAUUACAUGGCAAAUCAUGA